CGGUGCUCUUAUCAAUCGGAAGAAGACAGGUUCAGUGUGGUUUCGACCGUCGCGCAGUUCAGCUCGAUAAGAAAUAGCAGGUGUCGCAAUAACAGUAACGGGAAAAAUAAACGGGGAAAAAGUGCACUGUAAGUGUAUAUCUGAAGAAAAGGAAGUGCGAGUGAGUGUUGAAGUCCUGUUUACCGCCGUCGUACGGAGCAGUUCAUGAAUGGAUAUCACUAGCUGUCGUGGAGGAGUUCCCUGCUUGAUGUGAGAACGAAGGAUGAUAUUAAUGGGAAGAUAAAAGAGUGCGAUAAGGAAGUGGAGCAAAAAAGUGUCAUUGACAAGUGUCUAUUGGAAGGAAGACGCCAGACGAAGAAGUCAACAGAAGUCACACCGCAAUCAAGUCGUCCCCUUCUGUAUAGUGCGUUUACCAAGCUAAAUAGGAAAAGAAUAGCACUUGUGAAUGUCUCGUCGAGGAGGAAGUGUUUGAGUAUUGUUGCAGUGAGUUCGUGUGGAAAAUAUCCCAUCUUGUCGGUAGGGGAUUACUUCCGGUCAUAAUUCCCGGCCCCUUGUGUUGCUCAGUGUUGCAAGGCAACCUCGAAGAAAGUGUUGAAAAACAAACAAAGCUCACCCCAUUGAGAGGAGGAAGCUCUACGACGAGGAUAUCUUGGGAGAAAAGUAUACUUCUGCUGACCAACAGAACCUGAACCGGAACAUAUUGUUGCUAUAUUGUUAUAAUCGCUCUGUGGGAAACCCACACAACCCGUCGUGAGCUCGGUGCAGACACAACACAAAAGGCAGAGGCAGUUAGUUGAGAAGCAACACCACAAUCAACCUGCCCAUCUGUUAAUUACCAAAGAAUGCACCAAAACCAUCAUGCAGCUGCCUCAGGUCAUUGCCGAACGCCAGUCAUUGCCAUCACAGUUGCCGCCAUCAGUAUUCUCACACUUCCGCACACGGCAUCGGCCAUCCCGACGACUACCGAAAUACCAAAAUGUACCGGCCCUCCGAAUCCGGGUGGCUGCCAGGGGGUCCAGAAUCGGUACUACUUCAAUCAGACGACCAACAAUUGCACCCAGUUCACCUGGGGCGGUUGCGGAGGCAAUCUGCAGAACAAUUUCGAAACGUACGAAGUGUGCAUGCAGCAGUGCAACAAUGAGACGCAAACGCAGCCUCCGGUGCAGCAGCUAACAACGGCCAACAGCCCGUCGACAACGGUGCAGACCCAGACGCAGGAAGCGCUUUCGCAGCGGUACUCCUCCAGCAGCACCCAGCCCCCCAUGCCGGACGAACUUCGGGGCUCGGAGCUCACGUUCAAGGAAACCGGCUACGAGAAAACGUUCAUGUUCGCCAAGAACAACACGUUCAUCCAGAUGGACGGCGAAACAAUACAAACAUUUCAAUUAAGAUUAUGCCGUGAAAUAUCAUUCCAAUUCCGCACCCGACUGCCGCACGGGCUGCUGGUUUAUCACAACGUCAAGACCCCGGCCGGCGUCAAGCUGGACCCGUACGCCCUGUACGUCAUCGUGGAGAAGGGCCAGCUGAAGGUGGUGCACGUGUUCGGAAACCACUCGACCAGUGUCACCGUCGGCGAGGGCCUCAACCGGGACGAAUGGCACAGCGUUAUGGUCCGGAUAGACGUCCACGGAGCCCGCCUGAUAGCCCGUGUUGAUGACCACAAGGAGGAAGUCUACCUGAAAGGGCUGAAUCACGAAACCAACUACGGCGUUUCGAUAAACCUGAUGUCGGUGGUGCUGGUCGGAGGUCUCAGCUCCGAGGAAAAACUGCACGGCGUCAAGUACAUAAUCGAGUCAUUUGUUGGCUGCAUCCGCAAUGUGGUCCUCAGCUCCGGCAAGGCAGCAUCCGACUUGCUGCCCAUCACGCCCCUCAUUGCAACUAAGCAUGAAAAUGUGAAGGAAGGCUGUCGCAACCUAUGCCACUCCCGGCAAAACCUCUGCUUCCCGGGAUCCCGCUGCGUCAACCACUACUAUGACAUUUCGUGCGAUUGCUUCGGGACCAAAUACGAGGGCGAACACUGUGAUAUCUAUACCGCAACAGUAUUAACGCUGCGAGGUUCAAGCUACGUAUCGUACCGGAUCUACGACUGGAAGGACCGAGUUCACUCGCCCGUAACGCGCAUCAGUUUGAUGUUCAAAACGAACUACGACGACUCGGCACUGUUCUACGCAAGCGGGGAAUCCCUCAAACCGCAGUACAUUGCAGCUUCCAUCAAAAACCACUCGGCCUACAUCGAGAUGGACUUUGGUGAUGGUGUCAUGACGGCCGUACUCGGACAGGAUCUCACCAAGCACUACUGGCACAAUCUAACGAUUUUCCACGAGAAUAACCAAGUGACAGCAAUUUUGGACGACCACAUGAAGAUUCUGGAUAUACCCGGAGUCAUCCACAAUCUGCUCUUCGAUCCGGAAAUCUACUUCGGAGGUGGCCCCAACCUGUCCAAACGCAAAGGCCUCGCUUCGAACAACAACUUUGUCGGUUCGCUCAAAUACGUUUUCUACAAUGACGUCUCGGUGCUUUUCGAGCUGAAAAAGGCCAAUCCCAAGGUGCACUACAUUGGCGUUCUGGAGGAGGAAUUCCGCGAAGUGGAAGUGGACGUCAUUCCCAUCACCUUCUCCUACGCCAAAUCACAUAUCUGGUGGCCCCUAAGCACCAAAGAUACCCUGAAUCUCAAGUUCGACUUCAAGAGCAGCAAACCGUCGGCUGUGUUGGCUUACAGCGAAGUCAAAACGGAUGACGCCAUCGGAUACUGGGAGAUUCGCCUCUCGUCGGACCGGCUCAGUUUCGACCUGAAUCCGGACGUUACCAGCAACAUCACCCACAACACCUACAUUAAAAUUGACAAUCCCACCUCGUGGCAUGCGAUUCACCUGACGUACGCCCAAGGCAAAAUUACGUUCGUCGUCGACUUUCGACAUUCCGUCACCCAGCUGUACGGCCUAUCGUUCAACGUCGGCGAUAAGCUCAUCAUCGGAAGCAGCCUGAAGGCGGCCGCUUCCGGUCUCGUCGGAUGCUUGCGAGAUUUGAAAAUUAAUGGCGUGGAAAUUGAGCCCCGCUUCCUCGUCAAAAGCGAACGGGUGGUGGGCGAUGUUUCGCUGGACAACUGCAAGUACAUUGAUCCCUGCAAGAAGCCCAACACGUGCGAACACGGUGGAAAGUGCUCGGUCAAAGACGACAGCACGACCUGCGAUUGCAAAGACACCGGAUAUAUUGGCAAGAACUGCCAUUUCACACAGUACCGCAAGACAUGCGAAGAGCUUGCCUUGCUGGGCUUUUCCAAGUCGGACGUCUACUCGAUUGACAUCGACGGCAAUGGGGUGUUUCCGCCGGCAAGGGUCAAGUGUGACUUCCAAAGUCUAACCAAUGCCACCAAGACGAUUGUGGAGCAUAAUUUACCCUCUCAGGUAGACGUGAGGUCAUUUAACGACAUAGAUUUCAGCUUCCAGAUUCAGUACCGAGAGUUCAACGCCGAGAUGCUGCAGGAGCUGAUUUCGCAUUCCCUUUACUGCACUCAGUACAUCAAAUACGAUUGCAUCCUAGCGCCACUGGAUUUGCACUCGGCCACGUGGUUCAAGUCGUCCUACAACAACAACACCGUGGAUUCGCUGGGAGAAGUCAAACGAGGAACGUGUCCCUGUUCGGUGGGUCAGAGCUGUAUCGAUCCCAGCGUGACCUGUAACUGUGACGCCCGGUCUGACAAGUGGCAAUCGGACGAGGGAUUCUUUAGGGAACCCACUAGUCUGGGCAUCACGCAGAUGUACUUUUUGCAACAGAAGGAACUGCUCAACGAUAAAUCACAGGGACGCAUCACGCUUGGUCCGUUGGAGUGUGUGGAAACAAACACCCAAAAGUACGUCGUCACCUUUACCACGUCGCAAUCAUUUAUCGAAGUCCCCGGCUGGAGAAAAGGUGACAUCGCAUUCUCGUUCCGAACCACCGGUGAGAAGGCCAUCCUCCUGUUCCAACCCCCAAUCCGGUCCAACUUCCCUUCCUUCAUGGUGGCCCUCACCGGAGACUACCAGCUGACGUUCAACUUCACUCUGAACACCGGAACGCCGAAAACCCUGACGAUCGACACGAACCGAAAGCUCAAUGGUGGCGAGUGGCACAAGAUCUGGAUCGAUUACAACGAACACCAUGUCCGGUUUAUGAUCAACACCGACACCAGGAUGGUGGAUCUGCAACCGGAGGAGGAAUUCGGCCCGUUCGAGGGCAGCAUGUUCAUUGGAGGAGCACCCACUGAAAUCUCCAAAAAGUACACCGUCAAGCAGGGUCUGAUUGGAUGCUUCCGAGGGCUGGUGGUCAACGGCGAAAUCUUGGACAUCUACAGCUUCAUGUCGGUUCAUCUGUCGGAAAUCAUCAAAGACUGUCGGCCCUCGUGUGUUCCUAAUCCCUGCAAAAGUGGAGCCUACUGCCGGGAGCUGUGGAGCUCGUUCGAGUGUGUCUGCAAAAACCGAUGGGCCCACCUGGGGCAGCACUGCGAAACGAACAUCAACGAAGAUGCACUGACGUUCACGAGCCGCGAGUCGUACCUGAAGCGGAACUACAUCAGCGACGCCGAGGACCAACGGGAGGAGCGCGAAAAGCUUCGUAGCAUAUUAAAUUCCUCGCUGCUAAUAAAUCUCCGGACCUACGAUAGGCAUUCGUUUGUGCUGUACGCGAACGAUCACUUCAACAAUUUCAUCCAGCUGUACCUGACGAACGGCAACCAGAUGGUGUAUUUGUACAACUACGGCAACGAUAUCGUCAAUCUGACGCUGGAGCACGACGGGCUGAACAAUGCCCGGAGCAUCCAGGUGGCCGUCAUCCGGACCGAGACCAACACGACGCUGUUUGUCAACGAGAAGAACGUCACCGUGGAGCGGGGCCACCUGCUGCUGGAGGAGUACUCCAACAAGCCGUGGAACAAUCCGGAGCUGGAGGUACUUUCACCCCAUCGACCGCCGGCCCCUCCCACGGAGUACUUCCAGUUCAACAUCGGUGGGUACGAUCCGGCCAAUCUGCUCAAGCCCAACGCGGACACCGAGGACCUGCAGGGCUACAUCGGGUGCAUCCGGGGCCUUAAGGUGGGCGAUAAUUUGAUUUCCCUCAAAGAGAUGGCCCAACAGAACAAUGCUCACGUCAAGGACGGAGUGCAGGAUGAUUGCCAGAUGAAGUGCGAUGCCGAGCCGUGCAAAAAUGGCGGAAUUUGUACGGAGAAUUUUGCCAAACAGGAAAGCUCCUGCAAUUGCGAGCACACAAGCUUCCUGGGUGAAUUCUGCUCGGAGGAAAAGGGCGCCAGUUUCAGUGGAGAGGCAACCGUGCUGAGAAAGUUUGUUCUGACGGAAAAAGUCGAACAGGUGCGACUGCAGUUGGCAUUUUCCAGUAACGAUAUGAGGCGGGCGAAUCGAGUGAUGUUGCUGCUGCAGACGAAGAACGACCGAAGCUAUUAUCUGAUGGUGGCCAUCAAUGCGGAAAAUAAUCUGGUCAUUCAGGAAGACCGCGAAGGUGCAACAUAUGAGGCGAUAAUUGGACACAACUUUAUGGAUGAUUCGAGACAUUCGAUCUUCUACAAUAGACAUGGUGAGGAGAGCUCGCUAUUGGUAGAUCGCAAGACGUAUCCGAUGAAGUUGAUUGAGAGCAAAGCGUUGAUUCCGGUCGCGGAGCCAGGGGAGAACCACGUGCAGCUCGGUGGAGUCAACACAACGGAUAUUCGGUUUGCAGUCUACAAGGGAUACGAUGGAUGUUUGUCGAACAUUUUCAUUCAGGUGAACAAUGACACCAUGAAGCCAUUGGAAGAGUACAUGCUGUUUACGAAAAGCGAAGUGGCGUCCAUCCAGGUCAUCAAUCCACAAGGCGUUCGGUCCGCCCAGUGCAAGCAGUUCGAUAUUGUGCCGAAGCUACCCCUCAGCGAACCCGCCCUCAACAUGUCCUCGGGUUCGGAUAAAAAUUGGGUCGUGGAAGCUCCGUCCCGGAUACCGUACGAAGCCAUCCACCAGGACCCAUCGGACGAGGAGGACAAAACUCAGGUGGUGUUCAUCACCCUGACCGCAGUCUUCGUGGUGAUUGUCGUGUGCUGCCUGAUUGAAGUGUACCGCUCGGAUCGGGAGUACAAGAAACGGCAGGAGCGAAAAACGGACGAGGACAUCAUUCUGUCGAAGGAACAGGCGGCCGCCAAGAUGCAUUAUGAGGCGGCCACCGGUCCCAAUGCCGGCAAGGGGUACAAUUAUAAGGCGAUCCCACUGGACGAGAAGAAGGAAAAUGGUGCCGCCAAACCAUUAGUCGGCAUUCUGAAGAACGGAAGUGUCACUCCUCCCAUCAAUGGAGAUGCAAACGGUCAAAAAACUCCAGACGAAAAAGACAUGCAGUUGCUGACCGGUAUCCGAGACAGCCAACUGAUGGAUCACGAGCCGCUGUGGGAAUCGUUGGCUGCCGAGGAGGCGGAAGCACUCAUCAAAGAGAUUCCCAACGGUACCGAAGAUAGCCGUCCGAACUCCCGACACGGAAGCUCGCCUCAGCUGGCCAACGGAAGUAACGGAGUGAACGCCCACCAUCCGUCCGACCGGGACACGGACAGCGAUAACGAAUUGACCGACACCUCGGUGACGGAGCCCGUCAGAACUAAUCACCAUCGUAAACCGCCCAAGCUGGUUCUGUUUGCCGAUUCGUCGCCAUCUUUGGUCAUUCCCGUCUCCACCCCGCUGUCCUGUAAACCUCCACAGUUGAACAACGGACUUCGGCCUCGGACGCCUCGCCAGGUAUCCUGGGGUCCACCACCGGCGGCAUUGAUCGGCACAAACCAGCUGCCGUACAAGAUCGACGAAUCACCGGAAUCGCCGGCGUAGACAUUGUAGGAUAGAAUGAGGGCGUGGCUAAUCGCUUCAAGGUGUGAUUACAAGUGUUUGUACAUGUCAUUUGGUGUUUUAUGUGUUUUGUGUGAGAUUUGUUGGGACCGCGCGGAUAUUUGUGUUUUGUAUGAUCUCUCUUCCCAGUUAAUGUCCAUCUAUCCAUCCCUCUUAGUCAAGCAGAUGGCGACUUGUGUGUUUCUGUGUAUUAACUUUAGUCAUUUAGGUUUUUAAUUUUCCCCUGCAGUGUAAGGAGCCAAAUAAAGAAGAAAUAUUUCCUUUGAGGAACAGAAUCA